AUGCUACACUGCCUGCAUUUGGACCAGAUGAGGUUAAUCCAGAUGAAGGCUCGAUUGAGUCGUCCACUAGCGAUUGUUGACAUCCUGCAGUGCAUAAUCUGUGGUCCCGUGCUUGAGGACCUGCAGGACCCUGCAGCUAGAGACUCGUCCUCAGGCGAGACAGUAGAAACCUACAGGCUGGUAUAUAAGACGGUGGAAGAGAUGAAGUCGGACUUGAAGGAGGAGGAAGAUAGAAUUAGGCAGCGUAGUACGAGACUCUAA